GAUUCACAGCACACCACAGAGUUUGAGGCUGGGUGGGAAGUUAUGCUCCAAAGGUUUUCACUAGAGCAUGAUGAAUGGCUGCUGGUUAUGUACAACGAACGUCGUCGUUGGGUGCCCUGUUACCUGAAACCAUAUUUUUGGGCAGGCAUGUCAACCACUCAACGAAGUGAAAGCAUGAACGCCUUCUUUGAUGGGUAUGUUCAUUCUAAAACUAGUCUAAAACGGUUUGUCGAUCAAUAUGGACGUGCUUUAAGAAAUAAGGUUGAAAAAGAAUUUCAAGCCAAUGGUAAUUCUUUGAGUAAAAUGAUUCCAUGUGUUACAUCGUUUGCAAUGGAAAAACAAGUGCAACAUGUUUACACCUUAGCAAAGUUCAAGGAGUUCCAAACCCAAUUACUUGAUCAAUUGUAUUGUUAUGUCCUACCUAGCAUUGAUGGUAGCACAUUUGAAGUUAGAGAGAAUCGUGUCAUCAAUGGGUUUGAUAAGAGUUCGAACUUCAUUGUUGAGUAUGAUAAUUCAACAUCCAAAGGAAUGUGUAGUUG